AUGCCCAGGCUAAACCAGGCUAAACCAGAACCGCUCAGGCUGGUGGGAGGGGCCAGUCGCUGCGCCGGGACAGUGGAGGUCAGACUCAGAGGAGAGUGGAGACGAGUGAUGAAGGCUUAUAGAGAAGUCUGGACCAAGAAGCACUCAGCUGCUGUGUGCAGAGACCUGGACUGUGGGUCUGCUGUUUCUGGACGUCACAGAGAUGGUUUUCCACACAGUCGUGUGUGGAGGAUCUCAGCUGUCGGCAUGAAGAGGAGGAAGACUAAAGUGAGAGAAUGUGUUUAUGACUACACUUACUCCUCCUCGUAUGGUGUGGAGGUGAUGUGUUCAGACUUACUGAACCGUCCAGUCCUGUCCCUCUUUGUGACUGUGGGGGCCUCCCAGGUCCAGGACUCCCAGGUCCAGGACUCCCAGGUCCAGGACUCCCAGGUCCAGGACUCCCAGGUCCAGGUCUCCCAGGUCCAGGACUCCCAGGUCCAGGACUCCCAGGUCCAGGACUCCCAGGUCCAGGUCUCCCAGGUCCAGGUCUCCCAGGUCCAGGACUCCCAGGUCCAGGACUCCCAGGUCCAGGACUCCCAGGUCGGGGUGCAGGUGGUGCGUGUGCAGUUGGGGUCUCAGUUCUCGGUCCAGUGCUCGGUGAAGCCUCAGUUCCCAGGAGGCUCCUUCCAGCUGCUCUCUCCCUCUGGGAACCACACCCUGCCUGCUGUCAAUCACUCUGCACACUUCCUGUUCAAUCACACUGGCCCCGCCCACAAAGGAGACUACACCUGUGUUUACCACCUACAGGUGUUCAACCACAGCUUCACCUCCGAGAGCGAGAGACUGGAGCUGAGGCUGGGAGUUCAAAGGUUUAACCCGAUCAUCAGAGUCCUGAUUAUUCUACUGAUGACUCUCCUGUUCAUCCUGCCACUCUGCUACUACUGCUACAAGAAGAGGAAAGAGGAGGCGACGGACCAGGAGAGGAGAGAGGAGGAGACGGACCAGGAGAGGAGAGAGGAGGAGACGGACCAGGAGGAGAGGAGAGAGGAGGAGACGGACCAGAAGAGGAGAGAGGAGGAGACGGACCAGGAGAGGAGAGAGGAGGAGACGGACCAGAAGAGGAGAGAGGAGGAGACGGACCAGAAGAGGAGAGAGGAGGAGACGGACCAGAAGAGGAGAGAGGAGGAGACGGACCAGGAGAGGAGAGAGGAGGAGACGGACCAGGAGAGGAGAGAGGAGGAGACGGACCAGGAGAGGAGAGAGGAGGAGACGGACCAGGAGAGGAGAGAGGAGGAGACGGACCAGGAGAGGAGAGAGGAGGAGACGGACCAGAAGAGGAGAGAGGAGGAGACGGACCAGAAGAGGAGAGAGGAGGAGACGGACCAGAAGAGGAGAGAGGAGGAGACGGACCAGGAGAGGAGAGAGGAGGAGACGGACCAGGAGAGGAGAGAGGAGGAGACGGACCAGGAGAGGAGAGAGGAGGAGACUGACCAGGAGAGGAGAGAGGAGGAGAUGGACCAGGAGGAGAGGAGAGAGGAGGAGACGGACCAGGAGAGGAGAGAGGAGGAGACGGACCAGAAGAGGAGAGAGGAGGAGACGGACCAGGAGAGUAGAGAGGAGGAGAGGGAGCAGGAGAAAUGA